AUGGCGGCGGCGGCGGAGCCUGGAUGGCAAUGGCGAGGAGAAACAUCGGUUGAGCGAUCCCUGGCGGCGGAAGACUGCGGUGGAGACUGGCGUCGGCGUCCGAUGACAUGUACUGUGAGCGCGGCGGAGCCAUUCAGGACAGAGCCGAGGCUGGAACAGACGCGAAGGCAGGCGCCGGGAAGACGGUCCCACCAAGGAAAAAGCAGCCAACCAGUGGACAUAAGAUGCCAGUUAACCGCCGAAGAAAGGAGAGCACCCAACAGCCAGAAAGAGAACACAGCGGACCUAUCACAGGGUGCUGAAAGCUCCACUGAUUCAGUGGUAACAGCCACCUCCAAUCCGACCACUGCAUCAGAAAGCUCCACUGGCGCAGUGGUAACAGCAACCUCCAAUCCGACCACGGCAUCAGAAAGCUCCACUGGCCCUGCGGUAACAAGCACCUCCAAUACGACCACUGCAUCAGAAAGCUCCACUAGCCCAGCGGUAACAAGCAGUUCCAGUCCGACCACUGCAUCAGAAAGCUCCACUGGCUCAGAAAGCUCCACUGAAUCAGUGGUAACAGCAACCUCCAAUCCGACCACGGCAUCAGAAAGCUCCACUACCCCAGUGGUAACAAGCAGCUCCAAUCUGACUACUGCAUCAGAAAGCUCCACUAGCCCAGCGGUAACAAGCAGUUCCAGUCCGACCACUGGAUCAGAAAGCUCCACUGGCUCAGAAAGCUCCAAUGAAUCAGUGGUAACAGCAACCUCCAAUCCGACUACUGCAUCAGAAAGCUCCACUACCCCAGCGGUAACAAGCAGCUCCAAUCCGACCACUGAUUCAGAAAGCUCCACUAGCCCAGCAUUAACAAGCAGCUCCAGUCUGACCACUUCAUCAGAAAGGUCCACUACCCCAGCGAUAGGAACAGAGAUUCCAGAGCAUCACACUUCACUGAAGUCUUCCAUCGCUCCAAUGGACAACCUACGAAAACUUCCCAAAUAUGCUUUAUGGAUUAUUUUGCCUUUGUGCCUCACCUUGAAAGGAACCACUCCUGUGUUAGGUUCCAGUACCCCUGCUGCGCCUCUGUCGAGUGCUCUAGCAGCAACUUCCAGUGCUCCUUCUGCCUCUACUACAGUUGGCUCCACUAUUGCACCAGGCUCAAGCACUGCUGUUCCUGGGUCAAGUACGCCUGCAUCAAACCCCAGUGGUCCUUCUGCCUCUACCACAGCUGGCUCCACUAUUGCACCAGGCUCAAGGACUGCUGUUCCUGGGUCUAGUACGCCUGCAUCAAACCCCAGUGGUCCUUCUGCCUCUACCACAGCUGGCUCCACUAUUGCACCAGGCUCAACCACUGCUGUUCCUGGGUCUAGUAUGCCUGCAUCAAACCCCAGUGGUCCUUCUGCCUCUACCACAGCUGGCUCCACUAUUGCACCAAGCUCAAACACUGCUGUUCCUGGGUCUAGUAUGCCUGCAUCAAACCCCAGUGGUCCUUCUGCCUCUACCACAGCUGGCUCCAGUUUUGCACCAAGCUCAAGCACUGCUGUUCCUGGGUCAAGUACGCCUGCGGCAAACCCCAGUGGUCCUUCUGCCUCUACCACAGCUGGCUCCACUAUUGCACCAGGCUCAACCACUGCUGUUCCUGGGUCUAGUACGCCUGCAUCAAAACCCAGUGGUCCUUCUGCCUCUACCACAGCUGGCUCCACUAUUGCAACAAGCUCAAGCACUGCUGUUCCUGGGUCAACUACGCCUGCGGCAAACCCCAGUGGUCCUUCUGCCUCUACCACAGCUGACUCCACUUUUGCACCAGGAUCAAGCGCUGCUUUUCCUGGGUCAAGUAUGCCUGUGACAAACUCCAGUGGUCCUUCUGCCUCUACCACUGCUGGCUCCACUAUUGCACCAGGCUCAAGGACUGCUGUUCCUGGGUCUAGUACGCCUGCAGCAAACCCCAGUGGUCCUUCUGCCUCUAACACAGCUGGCUCCACUAUUGCAACAAGCUCAAGCACUGCUGUUCCUGGGUCAACUACGCCUGCGGCAAACCCCAGUGGUCCUUCUGCCUCUACCACAGCUGACUCCACUUUUGCACCAGGAUCAAGCGCUGCUUUUCCUGGGUCAAGUAUGCCUGCGGCAAACCCCAGUGGUCCUUCUGCCUCUACAACAGCUGGCUCCACUAUUGCACCAGGAUCAAGCACUGCUGUUCCUGGGUCUAGUAUGCCUGUGGCAAACUCCAGUGUUCCUUCUGCCUCUACUACAGCAGGGUCCACUAUCACCACUAACUCAACACCCAGUACAGAACCUCCCAAAGGUGCAACAGGACUCCCUUCCUGGGCCAUUAUUCUGACCAGUGUGGCUGUUGCAGUUGCUUCUGUGCUCCUUGUUUGCUUGGUUUGCUAUCUCCUAAGGCCAGAUAGUUUCACCGGUACCUCCUAUCCUGCUUAUCGGGACCACUACGCCUUAAACACUUUCUGAGAUCACAGAGAGUGAAGGAAUAACGUUUCUCCAUCUUCUAGCGAUAUAAGCGAAGCAUCUAGACUAAUCUUCAAUUUUUACAAUAAACGUUUCUGGAGCCACUGCCAUGGAUUCAACCCUGAUGGUCUGUCGAUAAUCCCGAUCUCCUUCGGAGUGGAACCAGGGCUUCUUGCCAAGCAUUUGUCUCCUCUUGGAGAAGCAGAGGGAUACUAAAAUACUGGGUCCAAACAAGUGUCUUUGAAAGAUCUGUUGCAGACUGUCUGCUUGUUGUAUUUUUUAUCCAACAAGCCAAUGGGAGUCUUGGUCCGUUUACCUCAGUUGAGGUCCUUCUAGCUCAGUAUUGAAAAAUCUGGGUAGGAGCGUGGUGGUUCGGAAUGCAAAGAGCCAGGGGGGACUUGGGUUCAGUUCCAUACUCAGCCUUGAACCUCACUGGCUGAACCAGCACGCUUCUUUGAAUGUCUUUGGAUAUCCCUAUGUCCUAACUAUAUAAUUAGAUGGGAAAUGAUGUUACUUGCACUGACUCUGAAUAACAGGGUAGGCUAUAUAAACCUAAAUGAAUACUUUCUCCUCACUGUUCCACAUUCACACAUGUGAGCUAUGGAAUGUACAAUGUAAGUUGGACGUGGGUUGUUUUUUUCUAAUUUAUUGUGGAUGUUGUUAAUAAAGUGACAGUACUUUGUGACAUGUGCUAUCUAAUCAAUUACUGGUCCUAUUGACACGGUUUAGUAUUGACUAUCAUUAUUCCCCAAUGUACUAUGUUCAAACAUAUCAAUGAAGAUUUUCAAUAUUCAUAAUAGCUAUAGUUCCUAAUGGAGCCUUCCGUGGGCUUUUGGUAUUGUACCAAUAGCUAUUAUGAAUACUAUAGCUAUUAUGAAUAUUGAAAAUCUUCAUUGAUAUCUUUGAAACGUCACCAGUGGAAAUGAAUUAUUGAGAGACAGUGUUUGUCUCACAUCUUUGUUCGGAAAAAGAUCAACCUUCGAAACGGCAAGACAUUCCGGAGA